AUGGGCUGGCGGCUGCCAGGCAGCAGCCCCAGAUUUGAGCGCCCUGGGGAUGUGGUGCUUGGCGGCAGCUUCUCCAUUCUGCAGUUCCACGGUGUUGUCCGACUGGACUUCAGGUCUCUGCCAGCAGGGCUGCCGUCCUCACGCGUGUCCAGAUGGGGCUACCGGGUGGCCCAGUGCUUCGUCUUUGCUGUCGAGGAGAUCAACAGGAACCCUCACCUGCUGCCCAACCUGACUCUGGGCUUCUCCAUCCGCAACUCCGGGGACUCAGUUCAUGGGGCCCUGCAUGAGACCAUGUCCUUCCUCACCGGGCAGGAGGACCCCGUCCCCAACUAUGUGUGCCAGUCUGGUCCACCCCGGGCCGCCUUGGUGGGGGACACGCGAUCGGCCCUGUCUGUGGCCAUGGCCAGGCUCCUGGGGCUCUACAAAUUUCCCCAGGUCAGUUACUCAUCCACACUGCCCAGCCUCAGUGAUAAGACCCAGUUCCCAUCCUUCCUGCGAACCCGGAUCAGUGACUUCAUGUCUUCCCGUGCUGUGACCCAGCUGGUGCUGCACUUGGGAUGCUCCUGGGUCAUCAUCCUGGCCCAAGAUGAUGACUUUGGGCAGCAGGCCAGUGCCCUAGCUGCUAGGGAGCUGGAAGAGGCAGACAUCUGCAUCGAAUUCCACCUCCCAGUCCCUUCCCAGCAUUCCCCUGAGAAGAUCAGCACUGUGGUGCAGAAGAUGCUGACCAGCACUGCCACGGGGGUCUUGGUCUUCCUCAGCAACUGCAAUUUCAUGCUCAUCCUGCAGAGACUCCUGGGUGUCCAUCUCCUGGGCCAGGUCUGGGUCAGUGAGGGCCUCCUGCACACGGCCCUUGCCCUGGCCAUGCCUGGCAUCUCUCAGGUCCUGCAGGGUGCAUUUGGCCUUCUGUGCCAUGGCAGUAGGGUACGUGGGUUCCCUGAGUUCUUUGCCAACUUACACCCUACCCGGACCCCAGAGGACAUGUUCCUGGGGAGGUUCUGGGAGGCCACCUUUGGGUGCAGAUGGCCACACAGGAACAGCACAGUGGCAGGGGAUAUAUGGCUCUGCUCAGGCCGUGAGAGUCUAAGAGGCCAUGAGCAUCCUUUCCAGAGUGUGAGUGAAAUGGACAUUGCGUACACGGCUGUGUACAGUGUCACCCAUGCCCUGCAGGACCUGCUCUCCUGUGAAGGUGGGGAUGGAGUGUGCACAGACCUCCAGCACUUCCAGCCCUGGCAGCUCCUUCACCCCCUCAGAAAGGUGCGCUUCCAGACCCCCGAUGGGACCCACAUCAUGUUCGAUGCCAAUGGAGAUUUGGUGACAACAUUUGAUGUUUUCCAAGGGCAGCAGAGCCCUGAGGGCCAGUUCCACUUUGUCCACAUUGGCACGGUGGACCCUCAUCGCUCUCCAGGGGACAGAAUGAUGAUCCACUUGAAGGACGGUGUCCAGGUGCCUAGCUCUGUCUGCAGCACCAGCUGUGAACCGGGAUCCAGUCAGAUUCCCCAACAGGGAGCCCCCCACUGCUGCUUCGAGUGCCGGCCCUGCCCCGAGGGACAGUUUGCCAAUCAGAAAGACAUGCAGAGCUGUCGCCAGUGUCCCGAGGAGCUGUACCCCAGCCAGACCAGAGACCGCUGCCUUCCCAGGACAGAGACCUUCCUGGCCUUUGAUGAGCCCCUGGGCCUUGCGCUGACAUUGGUGGUGCUGGCGCUGGCCGGCCUGGCAUGCCUGGUCCUCGGGGUGUUCCUGAGGUUCCGGGACACACCCGUGGUCAGGGCCAACAACAGGGCCCUCAGCUACGUGCUCCUGGCCUCCUUGGCCCUCUGUGCCCUGUGCCCUCUGUUGUUCCUGGGUCGCCCCUCACCCACCACCUGCCUCCUCCGCCAGACCACCUUUGCCGUGGUGUUCACUGUGGCCGUGUCCUGUGUCCUCGCCAAGACGCUCACCGUGGUCCUGGCCUUCAGGGUCACUAGGCCAGGACAGAGGGUCCUCAUGUGCCUGAGGCCCAGUGCCUCCUCCUCCAUGGUUUUUGUCUCCUCCUUGAUGCAGGUCAUUCUCUGUGGGGCCUGGCUGGGCACCUCCCCACCAUUCCCACAAAAGGAUGCAACAUCAGAGCCAGGCCACCUCGUGCUCCUGUGUCAGGAGGGCUCUGGGGUCGCCUUCUCCUGCGUGCUGGGCUACCUGGGCCUCCUGGCUGUGGGCACCUUCUCUGUGGCCUUCCUGGCCCGGGACCUGCCAGACACCUUCAACGAGACCAAGUUCCUCACCUUCAGCAUGCUGCUCUUCUGCAGCGUCUGGACGGCCUUCCUUCCCCUGUACCACAGUGCACGGGGCAAGGCCACGGUAGCUGUGGAGGUCUUCUCCGUCUUGGCCUCCACGGCAGGACUGCUGGGUGGCAUCUUCCUCCCCAAGUGCUACCUCAUCCUGCUGAAACCUGAGAGGAACACCCUGGUCGGUCUGAGGCUGGCUCACCAGGCUCAGAGGGUUCCACGUUCUCAUAGAAACACAGGCACCCCCAGGUUUCCAGCACAGUACCCUUGA